AUGGCCGCCGUACAAAACCCACCCAGAGGUACCGACUGGGCCGAUGAUGACGACUCUCCCGAUCUUUCCACAUCCAUCCCCGCACCACAAAUCACCAAGAACAAGGACGGCACCGAGACUGUUGUCACGGUUUUCAUCAACGAGGACGGCAAGCGCGUCAAGCGCACACAACGCAUUCGCAGAACGGUCAUCAAGAAGAAGGAGAACCCACGUGUUGCCGAGCGCCGCGCAUGGCCCAAGAUGGGUGCUGAGGCCGGCAAGCAGCCUGGCCCACGCUCGGACACCACCACCAUGGGCGAAAACAUCAUCUUCCGCCCACAGGCCGGCUGGAAGAGUGGUCAGGUGCAGGAGGAGAAGCCAGAUGAGAGCAAAAAAGCUGAGAAUCAAAAGAAGAUGCAGAUUAAAUGUCGUAUCUGUAGCGGAGACCAUUUCACCACCAAGUGUCCCUUCAAGGACACCAUGGCACCCGAGGGCGAGGCUGCCGGCACGCCAGCAGACAUGGAUGCUAUCAAUGGAGCUGCGGAGGGUGGUUUGGGUGUUGGAGGCGGUGGCUACGUUCCACCUCAUUUGCGAAAGGGCGCUGCGGCCGCCGGUGGCGGUGAGCGCAUGGGUGGCAAGUUCGAGCGGGAUGAUCUUGCGACGCUGAGAGUGACAAACGUUUCCGAGUUUGCCGAAGAAGGAGACCUUCGCGAAAUCUUCGAGCGCCACGGCCGCGUCACUCGUGUCUUCCUUGCCAAAGAUCGCGAGACUGGCAGGGCAAAGGGCUUUGCUUUCGUUUCAUAUGCCGACCGCGCGGAUGCGGCUCGAGCAGCCGAGAGAGUGGAUGGUUACGGUUUCGGUCACUUGAUUUUGCGCGUCGAGUUCGCGAAGAAGGCCACCACCUAA